AUGGGGGACCCCAGCAAGCAAGACAUCCUGACCAUCUUCAAGCGGCUCCGCUCGGUGCCCACCAACAAGGUCUGUUUUGAUUGUGGGGCGAAAAAUCCCAGCUGGGCAAGCAUAACCUACGGGGUCUUUCUGUGCAUCGACUGCUCGGGGGUCCACCGGUCCCUCGGGGUUCACCUGAGCUUUAUCCGGUCGACAGAGUUGGACUCUAACUGGUCUUGGUUCCAGCUGCGAUGCAUGCAAGUCGGGGGCAAUGCCAGCGCGUCCUCCUUUUUCCACCAGCACGGGUGUGACUCCAAUGACACCAACUUCAAGUACAACAGCCGCGCCGCCCAGCUCUACAGGGAGAAGGUCAAGUCUCUGGCCUCCCAGGCCACACGGAAGCACGGCACGGAUCUGUGGCUCGACAGCUGUGUGGUUCCAGGCUCCUCCCCUCCACCAAAAGAGGAGGAUUUCUUUGCUUCUCACGUUCCUGCAGAGGGAAGUGACACAUCGUGGGCAUCAGCACAGCCGGAGCUGGCUUCUCUGGCACCUAGGGCCGCGGGCACCGCUCCAGAGGAUAAUGAAGGUGAACCAGAACGAGGACCAAACGUGGAGGGUCUGAACGCCCCGCCCAAGGCAGCUUCAGAGAUUUCUUCCAUCAUUAAAAAGAAACCAAAUCCAGCUAAAAAAGGACUCGGGGCCAAAAAAGGAAGUUUGGGAGCCCAGAAACUGGAGAACAAAAGCUUUAAUGAAAUUGAAAAGCAAGCCCAAGCUGUGGAUAAAAUGAAGGAGCAGGAAGACCAGCUGGCCCGGACAGCGCCCAGGGAGGACUUGAUGGUCUCGUCAUUAAGAUUCGCCUAUAAGGAUCUUGACAGUCAGCUGACAAAAGACGAAAAGGUGAACAUCAGUGGCAAGAAGAAAGUGGAGUCCGAGAGACUUGGCAUGGGCUUCGGGAGCUGCAGGAGUGGAAUUUCACAUUCAGUGACUUCCGACCUGCAGACCAUCGAGCAGGAGACGCCCGUCCUGGCAAAACCAAGAAAGAAGUACGUCGACGACGGGGAUGACUUGUAUUUUACGUCCAGCUCAAGGUACUUCGAUGAGCCCAUGGGAUCACGGAGCAGUCCUCUUUCCAGCUGGGACGACAGUUCAGAUUCCUACUGGAAAAAAGAGAGCCUCAAGGAUUCAGACGUGAUUCUGAAAACCACAGGCCACGCAGACAGACCUGCUGGGCGCCGCAAGCUGGACCCUGAGCCUGUGGAGAACACGAAUGAGGCCCAGAAGAAGUUUGGCAACGUCAAGGCCAUCUCAUCAGAUAUGUACUUUGGAAGACAAGCUCAGGCUGACUACGAGACCAGGGCUCGGCUCGAGAGGCUGUCGGCCAGCUCUUCCAUCAGCUCUGCAGACCUGUUUGACGAGCAGAGGAAGCCGCAGCCGGGAAACUACACCCUGACCAGCGUGCUGCCCGCCGCACCCGACAUGACGCAGUUCAAGCAGGGCAUGCGGUCCGUGGCCGGCAAGCUCUCCGUCCUGGCCAACGGCGUCAUGACCUCCAUCCAGGAUCGCUAUGGCUCCUGA